GGCAAGCAGCGAGGUUGAGAAGGGGUCGCUGGGCCUGGAGCGGACCCUCUUAGGGACCCCAGCAAGCCGUGAUGAGCCAAGGGCUGGGACCGCAGGGCAGCAUGUCCUCUGUUCUGUGGCUGGGAGCCACCUGUAUCUUCCUGCUUUCCACAGUGCCCCCAUCCCACCUGCUCCAGGAAGUCCAUGUAAGCAGGGAGACCGCUGGGAAGAUUUCGGCUGCCAUCAAAUUGAUGCAGUGCUCUGCCCAAGUGGAUGCCCUCUUCCUGCUGGAUGGUUCUCACAGCGUCGGGAAAAGGAGCUUCGAGAGAUCCAAGCAGUUUGCCCUCACGGUGUGUGACACUCUGGACAUCAGCCCCGAGCGGGUCAGAGUGGGAGUGCUCCAGUUCAGUUCUGCUCCUUCUCUGGAAUUCCCCUUGGAUUCCUCAACAAGCCGACGGGAAGUGAAGGCGAAGAUCAAGAGGACGGUGUUCAAAGGAGGCAGCACAGAGACAGGCCUGGCGUUGAAAUACCUUCUCCACAAAGGGUUCCCAGGGGGCCGGAACGUCUCUGUGCCCCAGAUCCUCAUUGUGGUCACUGAUGGGAAGUCCCAAGGGCAGGCUGCUGUGCCAGCCAAGCAGCUGAAGGAGAGGGGCAUCACCGUGUUUGCUGUGGGGAUAGGCUUUCCCAGGUGGGAGGAGCUGCAGGCGCUGGCCAGCGAGCCCCAGGAGCUGCACGUGCUGUUCGCUGAGCAGGUGGAGGACGCCACCAACGGCCUCUUCACCACCCUGGGCAGUGCCGCCAUCUGCACCGUCGCACCGCCAGACUGCAGGAUGGCACCCUACCCCUGUGAGCACAAGACGCUGGAGACAGUCAGCGAGCGCGACAGCAAUGGCCUGUGCUGGAGAGGGUCGCCCCGGACCAAUGGCGUGCUGGCCUCUCGCUGCCCCGUUCACAGAAAGAGGAGAGUGUACCUGAGCCAUGCCGCCACCUGCUACAGGACCACCUGCCCAGGUCCUUGCGACUUUGAGCCCUGCCAGAACGGGGGCACGUGUGUUCCAGACGGUCUCAGCGAGUACCACUGCGUCUGCCCGCUGGCCUUCGGAGGAGAGGCCAACUGUGCCCCGAAGCUGAGCCUGGAAUGCAGAAUCGACAUCCUCUUCUUGCUGGAUGGCUCAGCGGGAACCACGCUAGCAGGCUUCCUGCGAGCCAAGGCCUUCGUGCGGCGGUUUGUGCAGGCAGCGCUGGACGAGGACUCACAGGCCCGUGUGGGCAUGGCCCACUACAGCGGGGAGCUGCAGGUGGCCGUGCCGGUGGGCGAGUACCAGGACGUGCAGGCCCUGGUGCGGAUCCUCGACGCCAUCCCCUUCAGCGGGGGCCCCACGCGGACAGGCAGUGCCCUGCGGCAGGUGGCCGAGCGUGGCUUCGGGAGCGCCGCCAGGACGGGCCUGGACCGACCGCGCAGAGCCGUGGUCCUGCUCACCAGCGUGCCUGCCCAGGACGACGUGGCUGGCCUGGCGCACCUCGCCCAGGCGCGGGAGCUGCUGCUGCUGGGUGUGGGCAGCGCGGCAGUGCGCGCGGAGCUGGAGGUGAUCACGGGCAGCACGCAGCACGUGCUGACCUACGCCGGCCCGCAGGACCUCUUUGACCAGAUGCCCUCGCUCCAGCAGAAGCUGUGCAGCCAGCAGCGCCCAGGCUGCCAGACCCAGUCACUGGACCUGGUCUUCAUGCUGGAUGCCUCAGCCUCUGUCGGGCCUGAGAACUUCGCUCAGAUGCAGAGCUUCGUGAGAAGCUGUGUCCUGCACUUUGACGUGAACCCCGACGUGACACAGGUGGGCCUGGUGGUGUAUGGGAGCCAGGUCCAGACGGCCUUCGGCCUGGACAUCCAUCCCACUCAGGUUGCUGUGCUGCGGGCCAUGAGUCAGGCCCCCUACCUGGGUGGGACGGGCUCAGCUGGCGUGGCCUUGCUGUAUAUCCACGACACGGUGAUGACCAUCCAGAGGGGCGCCCGGCCCGGGGUCCCUAAGGCCGUGGUGGUGGUCACCGGUGGGCGGGGAGCAGAGGACGCGGCCGUCCCUGCCCAGAAGCUGAGGAACAACGGCAUCUCCGUGUUGGUCGUGGGCGUGGGACCCGUCCUGAGGGAGGCCUUGAGGAGGCUGGCCGGACCCCGGGACGCCCUGAUCCACGUGGCAGCUUAUGGGGACCUCAGGCACCACCAGGAUGCGCUCAUCGGCUGGCUGUGUGGAGAAGCCAAGCGGCCAGUCAACCUCUGCAAGCCCAACCCGUGCAUGAAUGAGGGUGCCUGCGUCCUGCAGAGCGGCAGCUACCGCUGCGCAUGCCGCGAUGGCUGGGAGGGCCCCCACUGCGGGAACCGGCUUCUACGAGGAGAUUCUCCCAGGACCUGGGGCUCCCACCAGGGACCCAUUGGAAGGCAGCAGCUGCGCCCGGAGCACUGAACCACCGCCAAUCCUCGAGGGAGCAUUCCAUCUCGGGGCCUCUCCGUCCACUCCUGCUCCAUCCAAGACCCUCGUGCCAUGGCUCCUCCAGGAAGAAAUGGCGCCCCAACCACGGGCCGUGCUUCUUAGGGACAGCCGGUG